UACAAAAUAGUAAAAUAUAAAAAGAUAUAUUAACAAAAACACAGGAUAAUGAAGUUAUUAUUUGUAAUUAUUGCACACAUUACAUUUUUUACUGUAAGUGCAGACAAUGCCAAGAAAAGUAAAGUGAAUGAACAUUCUUCGAUAUCCGAUAAUGAGUUAUUUCCAUAUAUGGCAGCCAUUUUGAAAAAAUCCUCUUACAUAAGUGCUGGAGCUCUGAUUGAUGAUAGUUGGAUAUUGACGGGGGCUGAUGCACUGUACACCUUAAGGGAUAUUCCGAGACUACUUCGAAUCAGACUAGGCAGUUCUAAUUAUAAAAAAGGAGGAGUACUUUCUCCAGUCAAAAUGAUUCACAUCCACCCACAUUUUGAUGACAGUAAGCCAGAAUUUGAUCUGGCAUUGGUGAGACUUUCCACAGCAGUGACGUUUUCAAUCAAUUUGAAUCCGAUUCGCUUGCUGAAAAAACGAAGAAACUUAUUAAUGACACAUUUCAUUGUAACCUCUUGGAGUAUAGUUUCACAGGAAGACCCCAAAACUAACUCACAAGGUCAUGAAUCUAUGGAAGUAGUCAAACGACGUCGUUUGUUGACAAAAUCACAUUUACAUCCGACUGAUGCAGAGGAAUGCGGCGAACAAUUGCAAGAACAAGGAGUAAAUGUUAUAGAAAGCAUGUUAUGUCUGGAUACAUCUGUAGGAAUGGAUCCUUGUGAGCGGGAGACAGGAGCACCAGCUGUCCUCAACGGCGUGCUAUGGGGCAUUAUCUCCUCAUGGAAGUCUGAGGACUGCGACACGGUGACUGAGCCCACUUUCGUGACCCUAGUCUCUCAUAUAAACGUCAGCUCCUGGAUUCAUGCCACUAUACAUGGGCACAGAUGGACAAGAAAACAUGUUGUUGAUUAUAGAGAUAACUUUAUAUAGACAAUUAUUUUGUUUUAUAUAGACCUUAAGUUAACAUAUUGAUACUAAACGCAACAAAAGAAAGUA